UAAAUUUGAUCGGAUACACCGAACCGGAUAUUUUUUUUUCACGAUUUUACUAAAUUCAUAUGCAUUUUCGGAGUAACGAGUAAAGUUUAAUGUCUACGAUGGAAACCGCUAGCAAGAAACAGAAAAUGUCAGAUGAGGAGCGGCUCGAACUUGCCGCUAAGCUCGAUAAUGAUUUGGACCAGUACAUGAAUUCUCUGGAGAAACGAAGAUAUACCGAAGGAUGGCCUGAAGAUCGCUGGGAAGAGGAAAUGGCAAAGCAUCCAUUCUUUACGCGCAAAGCUCCUGAACCCGGCGAGGAACUUAGCCCUCUGAUGGAGGGUUUGCAGCAACUAAAAUAUGAUCCCGAGGAGAACACUGCACAGGAGUUGGCCGAAGCCUAUAAAGAAGAUGGUAAGUUUUACAUGCAGCAUAAAAAGUUCCGUCUGGCCGUUCUUAGCUACACGGAAGCGCUCAGUUUCGGAGUUAUUGAUCCGGAGUAUCAAGCUGUACUGUAUAACAAUCGAAGUGCCGCCAAUUUUUUCCUGAAAAACUAUCGCUCCUCUAUGCUGGAUGCUGAAAAGGCAUUACAAUUGAAGCCAGAUUAUGACAAGGCUCGAUGGAGAGCGGCCCAGAGUGCCGGUUUGUUGGAUAAAUUUGAUCCAUGCGUUGAGUAUUGUGAUGUGAUACUACGAAACGAUCCCACUAACAAACAAGCAGUGGAGCUGAGGAAAAGUGUGCUUGCAAAGAAAACCACUAAGGCAAGGGACGCUCGUAAAACAACACAGGCGGAACGACGGAAGCAGGAACAACUGACAAGGACGCUUGAUGCGUUAAAGAAACGUGAGGUUAAAUUUGAAGAACCCGAUGCUCUAACGAAUGAAAAACGUUUGAAACCGAUAUUGGGUCCACUUAAUGAAUUUAUGGUGAAGGCUGACAGCAAUGGGGUGUUACAUUGGCCAACGGUAUUCUGCUAUCCGCAGUUUUUGACCACUGAUUUCCAGCAACAGCUGUCUGAAGAGUGCACAAUGGAAGAUACAUUGAUCAAUAUGUUCGAGGAACAAUUUGAACUUGACAGGGACGGAGAAUACUUUCCACACAAAUUGAACGUUUACUAUGAAAACAGGUUGGCUGGUCGAGUUUGUAAGGUUGAUGUCAAAAAGACCAUAAAGGAUAUCAUUCGUGAGAAGACAUUCUACAUCUAUAAUGGGACGUUGGCGUUUUUCAUAGUUCCUAAAGAUUCGAAGCAUGAAAUGGAUUUUUUGAAUCAAACGCGGGUACCGCUACGAUUACAGUGAGGUUAAUUUUAAUGCUGAUUGUACGUAAUAUAAUACAUACCAUAA